GUUUGUAGAUGACUAGAGUAUUUUAUAGUUCCACCGGGUGGAGCAGCGGAAGGAUAUUUGACUCGCUGUCUAUAAAGUCGGCUCCACCGCUCUUCGUCGCUAAACCAGAGACAGCACCCGGAAAAGACAGGAACAAACACCAGGAACAAUUUGUCGAUUCAAAAUGCAGAUCUUCGUGAAGACCCUGACUGGCAAGACCAUCACUUUAGAGGUUGAGCCCAGUGACACAAUCGAGAAUGUCAAAGCCAAGAUCCAGGAUAAGGAAGGCAUCCCUCCAGACCAGCAGCGUCUGAUCUUUGCUGGCAAGCAGCUGGAAGAUGGCCGCACCCUGUCCGACUACAACAUCCAGAAGGAGUCCACCCUCCAUCUUGUGCUCCGUCUGAGGGGUGGGAUGCAGAUCUUCGUGAAGACCCUGACUGGCAAGACCAUCACUUUAGAGGUUGAGCCCAGUGACACCAUCGAGAAUGUGAAAGCCAAGAUCCAGGAUAAGGAAGGCAUCCCUCCAGACCAGCAGCGUCUGAUCUUUGCUGGCAAGCAGCUGGAAGAUGGCCGCACCCUGUCCGACUACAACAUCCAGAAGGAGUCAACCCUCCAUCUUGUGCUCCGUCUGAGGGGUGGGAUGCAGAUCUUCGUGAAGACCCUGACCGGCAAGACCAUCACCCUGGAGGUUGAGCCCAGUGACACCAUCGAGAAUGUCAAAGCCAAGAUCCAGGAUAAGGAAGGCAUCCCUCCAGACCAGCAGCGUCUGAUCUUUGCUGGCAAGCAGCUGGAAGAUGGCCGCACCCUGUCCGACUACAACAUCCAGAAGGAGUCCACCCUCCAUCUUGUGCUCCGUCUCCGUGGAGGAAACUAAUCACUUCCUGCUUGAAGAUGUGCCAUUUGUUCCUUCUGAUCCAGCAGUCAUUCCUUAAGUUUCAAUAAAGUACAAAGGUGUUCCUGAUUUAUUCUUUCUUUGACUUUUAAUAAUUUCACUUUGCACUUUGCUUUAGCUGAAAGUUGGUGUAACUGUCUUUGGCUUCUAGAAGUUGAUUGGAGGUAACUUAUCUGACAAAUAACAAGAUGUUAAGAUUGAUAUUUGUGGUUGAAGUGGUCUGAUCUGAGACCUGAAAUGUUGUUUUUAUGACCUCCACAGCUGCUGUAACAAAUGUUCCUAACUAAUAAAAAGGCUUCUCACAAUCA